UCACGCAUCUAUCCAUGCAACUUGACGUACUGGGCAGCCAGCACCCUGGAGAACAACCUCCAAGCUAUGGGCAGGAUAGGACACAGUCUAGGCGGAUCUGCAUGGAACCACAGUUCGAACACACCCGCGUACAUUAAUGAUGAGACCGAUGUUGUCCGUGCCGCGAAAUUAAGACACAUCCACCAUGGUAUACUGCGGGAAGCCGAGCACCGGCUGUCAGAACUGCCGGAAGAGGCGUAUCAAGUGCGAUGAAACCCGUCCCCACUGCAAAGCAUGCGUCCGGACCGGCCGAUCAUGUCCCGGAUACCCCCAUCCGCUGGAUGUCAUGUUGAGGAACAAUGUAGCUUUCAAUCGGAAGAAGAGAGACGCCUCUACCCCUAGUAAAACCUCGAAUCCCCAGCCAGAAGUGCAGACGCCUCAGGUCUUGCCGCCAACGCCAGCAUCAACAUCUACAUCAGAAUCAACAUCAACUCCAGGAUCAGCAGCAGCGCCAGUAUCAGCAGGAACGCUAGUAUCAAACAUUGCUUUUUCCGGGGGAAACCCUACUCCGAUUAUCCCUAAUUCUGCAGCACUAAUGCAGCCCUCGGUUCCUGCCAGCUUGUUUCUCCCUAUGGAGGUCACCGUGACUUCGAUGUUCUUCAACUCAUAUAUCUAUAGUCCUCGAGAUCCGCUAAUCCUGCGCGGGUUCAUGGACCUACUGCCGCAGGUGUUCUCCAAUUCUCAACCCGGGUCCCAUGUUCACGCCGGCACUCUAGCAGUGUCUUAUUUUUCUGUGGGCGCCUGGACGGGAAAUCGAUCAUUUCUUCGAUCGUCAGAGCGCCUGGUUGGGCACACGAUCUCCAAAAUCAGAAAGGCGUUGCAGGGGGACGUCAGUCAGAAUCUGGAUGACAUUCUCAUUGCCGUUCUUUUACUUUCUACCUAUGAGGAAUUCUGCGCGUUGAAAGAAAAGAGACAUGCGACGACAACGCAUCUGCGAGGUGCGCUUGCCUUGGUGAAUAGUCGCAGCCCCCAUCAGCGGUCAAUCAUAUCCCUUAUCCUGGAAAAUGCUGUCCACACCCACCUUCUCAAAUCAACCAAAGGUCUCCCGUAUCCCUCCAUGCAGGCACCUCACGUGUGGCCCACAUCCCCGACCGCGCCUCAGUCCGCAUCAGCCCAACUCCUCGCAGCAACCGCCGAUCUAGUCAACCUCCGACAAGCCUGGGACCGCUUCAACCUGGUCCCAGAGCACGACACAUCCGACGUCGAAGAUCUUCUAACCCGGGCCCUAUGUCUCGAUAACAACCUGGUCGCCUGGAAACACGCCCUCCCAGCACACUGGAAACCUGUCCCUGCCACCACAAUCCCCCCGUCCGUCCGCCAAGCGGGGAUGUACAAAAAUCGAUGCGACUGCUACUCCGACCUCUGGGUCGCCGGCACAUGGAACUUCUACCGCGACUCCCGGCUCGUCAUGCAGAAUAUCAUCCUGCACUGCCUGCAACACCUACCAGGCACCUCAGCCGACCAGAUCCAAUCCACCAUGUCCCUGAUGCACGGCCUCGCACUCGAUAUUUGCGCCACCGUGCCGUACAUCCUCGGCAGCCAGACGACGUCCGUCCACAUGAGUCCCCUGAAAGUCGAGUACCCGGCGACGGACAACUGGAAGGCCACGCAGUCGCAUCACCAGACGGCUAGUCUUAUCGGCGGGUGGCUGGUGGCCUCGCAUUUGUCUAAUUUGCAGUUGCUGCGUCUGGAUGAGGGAAUUGAUGCCUGGGUCGAGGAGCAGAAGGAGCGCGUGUUGAAGAUAUACACGUUUGGGCAGGGGGCAAUGUGAUUUUAUGGAAUGAUAUGGUAUAGAAUAGAUCUAGUAUAUAAUAAUCCUCG